AACGCCAGGCACAGGCAGCAGCGUUUGCAGAUUGCAGGAGGGCGAGGAGGAGAGAAGCCGGUGCGGCGCCGGGGCUGCUGGAUGGGAAGUGACAUUAGAUGGAUACGGAGUAUGUUGUGUGUGAUGGACAUAGGUACGUGAGUGAGAUGUGCUGAGGAGCGCACACUGCAAGAGAUCUAUAUGCACAUAGAGGAGGAAAAUAAGCGAUAAGGAGAACACAGAGAUCUGGUGGCGGAAUAAGCAGCAGACCGGGGAGGACCAGCAGCCCUGAGGCACGGCGGUGCAUGCCCUAUAAUGAGUGUGAGUGGCGGCUGUGAGCUGCAGGCGGAGAAGUGAUGAGAAGCUGCGCUGGGACUCUGGCCGGAUGCUGUAGCGUCGCUGUUGCGGCACAGCCUGGGUAGCCUGUGGGCUGGAGGGGGCUCCUGUCCCCGCUGCUGCUGCCGCAUCCCAUGGAGACUGUAAGUGCUGAGCCCAGGCUGCAGAGCCAUCCUCAUGCUGAAAAGAAGCGGCUGCACCGGGCACCUUCCCCUGCCAGACCCUUCAUGAAGGACUCCCACCCCAGGGCACCCCCUGCUAAGCCCUCGGUGUUGCCACCCAAGUCCCCCAGCAGCAGGGUCAGGCACCAGUCCACCGGGCUCCUGGUCGCCCAGAGCCGCUUAUCACGGCGCAACAUCCCCGCCAAAGACAAACCAAACCCAGCAAAACCUCCCAGUGCUAAGGCUUCGCUGUCCAACAAGAGGGCGUCCUGCAGGCCGGCGCAGGAGCCCGGGGAGCCGAGCUGCAGAGCGGGCACCAGGAGGGAGCCGCUGCUCGCCCCCUCCUCUCCGCUGGUUGCAGGGGUUGCCGGCCGCAGGAGGGGGCAGAGACUGGAGAGCCCGGCGCACGGGGGGUGCAGCACCCUGCUCCGGGUCAGCCACACAGACAGCAGCUCCGACCUGUCCGACUGCCCGUCUGAGCCCCUGUCCGAUGACCACCGUCCCCUGGCCGCGCACAGCAGUGACAACGAGUCCGGCUCCAGCGAGCAGGUGGCGGCAUCAGUGCCAGGGAUAGUGCUGGGAGCGGGGCCGGAGAAGCAGCACGCUACACCCAGGAAAGGUGAUCCACGGGAGGCAGGUGGGAUCCCAAACUGCAGCCAUGCAGCACCAAGCCGGGGACAGGAGGAGGACCUGCUCAGGGAGGUGGACGAGCUGCGCUCAGAGAACGAUUAUCUCAAGGAUGAACUUGAUGAGUUACGUGCUGAAAUGGAGGAGAUGCGUGACAGCUAUCUGGAGGAAGAUGUUUACCAGCUGCAGGAGCUCCGUCGGGAGCUUGACCGAGCCAAUAAAAACUGCCGUAUUUUGCAGUACCGACUCAGGAAAGCAGAGCAAAAAAGCCUAAAAGUUGCACAGACUGGCCAAGUGGAUGGAGAGCUUAUCAGGAGUCUAGAACAAGACUUAAAGGUAGCCAAAGAUGUAUCUGUGAGAUUGCACCAUGAGCUGGAAAGUGUGGAAGGGAAGCGAAUCAAAUCAGAGGAUGAGAAUGAAAUGCUGCGUCAGAAAAUCAUUGAAAUGGAAGUGUCCAAACAGGCAUUGCACAAUGAGCUGGACAGGACAAAGGAGAGUACACUAAAACGAAGAGGAAGCCGAGAGAUGCACAAAGAGAAAAAGGCUUCAUUUCAGGAGGACAGUGCUGAUUUAAAGUGCCAGCUUCAGUUUGCAAAGGAGGAAGCAGCACUUAUGCGAAAGAAAAUGGCCAAACUAGGAAAAGAGAAAGAUGAUGCAGAACAGGAACUGGAGAAAUACAGGUCAAUUUAUGGGGAUGUGGAAAGUCCUCUCCCAACAGGGGAAACUGGAGGCCCACCCAGCACUAGAGAGGCCGAGUUAAAACUACGUCUUAAAUUGGUUGAAGAGGAAGCUAAUAUCCUGGGAAGAAAAAUAGUAGAGCUGGAGGUAGAAAACAGGGGCAUUAAAGCAGAAAUGGAAGACCUCAGGUGUCAGUAUGAAAAAGAAUUUCUAAGCAGGGAGUAUGUUUCAAGCAUUCCUACCUCACCAUACGGUGAUUCCAUGGAAUCUGCCACAGAGCUACGGCGCCACCUCCAAUUUGUGGAAGAGGAAGCAGAGCUGCUGAGGAGAUCCAUUUCUGAGAUAGAGGAUCACAAUAAACAGCUUACAACAGAACUGAAUAGAUUUAAGUUCGGGCCAGUGCAGGACCUUGUCUGGAUUGACGACAACCCUUCCAAAUGCAAUGGUUCACUACAGGAAGAAUUGAAGUCAGCUAGAAUCCAGAUAAGUGAUCUUAGUGCUAAGAUAAUGAAGCUUCAAUAUGAAAAUAGGGUUUUACUGUCAAAUGUACAACGAUAUGAUCUUGAAUCACACCUGGGAAUGAGGACAGCAAGCCCACGUGACAGUGAUGCAGAAAGUGAUGCAGGGAGGAAAGAAAGUGACAGUGAAGACGGACGCCCUGCUCAGCCAAAGAGAGAAGGACCUAUUGGUGGGGAAAGUGACUCAGAAGAUGCUUAUGAGAAGACCUCAGGCUUUGAAAGUAUAAAACCAUCAGAAGCUACUGACAUGUACUCUAUGGAACCGUUUCAAAAGAGAGAGGAUGCACAUUAUCUUCUCAAUAUAAAACGGGAGGCUGAAAGUCUAGGAAAAACUGUAGACCACCUUAUUACUGACACAGACAGCUUAAUCUAUGAAGCCAAAGUGCAGAUGAUGAGCGGUCCUGUGGAGGAGGUGCUUGACACUUAUCCAGAAAGAGAAGAUGCCACUGGAGCUGAAGUUUUAAACAGCAUCAAUAGUAAAAUGAAAGUAUUCAGGAAAGAUUUGCAUAGCUUUCUAGAAAGAAUUGAGCAAACAAGUGAAGACCUAAAAGACCAUGUAGAUGACCUGUCCCCGAUGCCACAUCUCACAGAAUCUUCUAGUUUCUUGUCCAACUUGACUUCAACAUCUCGGGAUUCCGCCAUUGGAAAUCUUGGAAAGGAACUAAUAACUGAUUUUCAGCAGUCCAAGCUGAGAGAUCAAAUGGAAUGGCAGCUCCACCAUGAGCAUGAAGAAGAUGCCCACCGUCUGCUUUUAAAUCAUGAGUCACAUCGCAGAGCAGAUGGGGACAGUAAACACUACAACCCAGGAGACCAGGGCGGUUUCAGUCUAGAGCUCAGCAGUAAUGUGUCACCUGAAAAGAAUUCAACUUUACGUGAACUACAGACUAUUCUUGAACAAGAAAGGAGACUCCACCAAGAGGAGCAUGACAAAGUGACAGACAGACUCAUUCAGCUGGAGCAGGAACAUUUGAAAAACAUCCGGAGGAAGGACUUGGAAGUUCAGAGCCUCACUCUGCAAAAUAAGUUGGAGGAGAAGACGUGGGGCCAGGAGAAGUGCCUCCUACAGCAGGAGCUGAGGAACUUCAAGCAGAAUGUCUUUGUGCUCUAUGUCAAGUUAAAGUGGCUACUAGCACACUGGCGACAAUGUAAAAGGGUGGAGGAGGAAGACGUGGGCGAUGAGCUACUGCAGAUUGAUCAACUAAAUGUCCUUCCGGAAAUUGCUGCUUACCCUGACUUCAGAGAAAGUGACUCAGAUGGAGGGGAUGAGGAGGAGGAGGAUGAUGAUGAUGAUGAUGACGGAGUGUUUGCCUUAACAGAUUAUCCCCAACAUUCCACCUCAGAGCACAGCAGAGACCUCAGUCCCCAGCUACAGACAGCAGAGUUACUCCAGCAUCAGAAGCAGGCAAGUGAAAAUCGUCGUCUCCUUGCUGCGUUUAAGGGCUUACUGGAUGACUUCCGAUCGGAGUUGCGGGAUGAAUCUACAGACAGGCAUGAGAUCCAGCAGCGCUUUGCAAAUGAUAAAGCUACUUGGGAAGUGGAAGAAACAGAACUAAGAUGUCGCCUAGAGCAGUAUGAAGUGAGGCGGCCAAGAGUGCCUGGGGACAUGAGUCCCAUUGAGAUGAAGUCAUCCUUUGACCGUGAGCGAGAGGAGCACAAGAAGCUGCUUGCUGAGAGCCACAAGUUGGUGAUGGAUCUGCGUAGACAGGAACAGCAGAACGACAAGAACUGGACCCGGGAGAGAGCGGAGCUGUUGGAUCGCCUUGACAGGGAAAGAUGUGAAUGGGAAAAGCAAAGGAAGGACUUUCUGAGAAACAUAGACCAGCUCCAAAGAGAACCUGGACCCAGGAGAGCAGAAAUCUUCCUUGCUGACCAAGGUGAUAGCAGUGCCAUUCAGUAUUCAGCCAAUACCCCUGUACAUGUGUCACAGCCACAUGGAGCCAGGUCCUUCUCUGACUCAGAUGAAAUGCAGUUUGAGGACCAGUUACUGCCUAAGCUGAAGGGGACUGACCGCUGUUCUGCCUCUGAGAACCUCUUUCUUGACGCACUUUCUCUGGAUUCCGCCAACGAGGCUGAGUUACCCCAGCCCCGCAAACUGGAGCGUGAUAAGUUCUCCCCUGAGGAAGAUAUACAAAAAGGAGGUUUGCAGAGGGUCAUGUCUGUUUCCUCCAUGUCUGAAUUUCAUCGAUUAAUGGAGAGCUCUCCUUUCCUUCCUGACAAGAACUUAGAUCUUUCUGGCGACAAGGAUGAAUUAACUCCCCCCUUGUCUCCUGAUGAUCUGAAGUACAUUGAAGAAUUUAACAAGAAUUGGGAUUACAGUAAUGGGGGCCAGGGUGAUAAUAUUGUGAGGAUAAGUGGGGAAAGAGCAGGAAAUGGGAACGUUGAAUCUGAACCAGCCUCUGAAACAUUCCAGUCUUCUUCAUGGUUUCUUACCACUAGUGUUACUAUGACAACAAACACACUGACCAACCCUGAACACUGUCAAAACCAGUCUCCUCAAAGCCACAAUGUAGCAGAAAGAAUUGGGGUUAUGGUCUUCAAAAGUCCUCCUGUGGUCCAUAGGUUUGAUACGCCUUCCUCUAAUAGCAAUGAAGAGAAGAAACACGUAAACUCAGAUUUACUUUUUUCUGCGACCAAAGCCAAAGGGAAUAUUUCUGAAGCAAAAAGUGGUGCCACGGAGGUAUUUAAGAGAUGGCAGUGUGAUCUUAAUAACCAUCACAAAGACUUACUAGAAAGCAGUCUACAUCCAAUGGACCGACCUGUUUGCACUACCGUCAGCUUUGCUUCUUCUCUGCACAAUAUAGCAUUGUCAAGAAACAUGAGUGAUGACAUGAAAGAAGUUGCUAACUCUGUGAGGAAUGCCAUUCGAACAAAUCCUGCAGAAUCUCAGUCCAGAGAUAUUGCUUGUCAAACUAAUGGGUUAAAGAGUACAGGAACACAGACCACUCAAACCAUUAGUGUUGGCUUGCAAACUGAGGCUUUACGAAGCAUCACCAGCAGUCCACACAAGUGUCUGACUCCAAAGGGAGGUACUACGCCCAUAUCAUCACCUUCACGCAGUCUGAGGAAUCGGCAGGUAGCUCCAGCAAUUGAAAAAGUGCAGGCAAAGUUUGAGCGCAGUUGUUGUUCUCCUAAAUAUGGUUCUCCGAAGCUGCAGAAGAAGAUUCUGCCCAAAGCAGAUCAAUCAAAUAAUCGGUCCGCAUCAGGUACUCCCCAGAAAGGAUUUAAUGAGUCUGCAUGGGCUCGAUCAACAACAACUAGAGAAAGCCCUGUUCACACUACAAUCAAUGAUGGUCUUUCAAGUCUGUUUAAUAUUAUAGAUCAUAGCCCAGUAAAUUGUGACCAUUUGCAAAAAGUGUCAAGACCAAGUAGUAGAUCUCGGUCAGCAGAAACCCGGACAGAAUUUGGGACAAUGCCUGAACUCUACAUGGAUGAUAGGGGAAGAUCACCGAGUCCUGUUUGCAUAACUAUUGAGCUUCAAAGGGAUCUCUACACUGAAAUAAGUUCCAGCAGACAAGACCUCUCUACUCCACCAAGUUACUCACUGACAGAAAAUACUGCCAGAAUUCUCAACAAGAAAAUCUUAGAAGAUCAAAGACAAACACCAAACAGUCCAACUAGAGACCACACUGCUCCAGAACUGUUAAAAAUUGAACAAGGAUCUAUUGAGGAACUGCCUUGUUCCACGUUAGCUCCGUCCUUGGAGUCUAGCUUCUCCAGACCAGAGAGACCAGCGAAUCGACGCUUGCCUUCCAGAUGGGCUUCACAUUCCCCGACUGUCUCCCAGGCUCCAUCUAUUGGUAAUCUAAAUGAGGAGCAGGAAAACCAGGACACCUGAGCAGAGGGAAGCGAAGACUGAUGCCAUCUUGCAUGAAUUACCAAUCAUACAGUGUGUGUAAUUCCAGAUUCAUAGCGCUCAGUCUCUGCCAGUAGAGAUCAGGAGCCCUCUACCACCUAAAGAAUGAUAUGUGCAAUUGCUGAAUGUCUGAUCUGUGAAACAUGUUGUUGUGUUUCUAUUAUGGGACAUCGAAUGUGCCUGUAUGAGAUGAUGAUGUCUACGUUCCCAUCAUCCUUGCUUAUUUGCUGAGAAAAAAAUGUAAUGGCAAAACCACAACGUAAGAAAAUGAAUGCUCUUACUCUCAGUACUGACUGUCGUUCCAGUUUCUUUGUAAACUUUUGUUUACCUUGUAUCUUUUUCUUUUGUUUUAUUACCCAUCUGUUUAGUCUUUUGGUAUUAUUUGUACAAUCAUUGCUACGACAUGCAUAGGAUGAGAAAAUGCUUCAUAUUAUCUGAAGAUGUAGUGAAAGAGAAAAUCCAUUCAGUUAGCUGCAUUGAAAUGUAUUUUAUUAACUUGAGGAAAUACUGUCAAAAAAAUGUCUUAUCACGGUGACUGUAUGCAAAUAAAUACGUAUCAGUAGAUGAUACCAGCACUUUAGUGCAUGUACAUAAUUUCUACCCUGUACUGUAACGUACCAUCCUCCACAAGAAUGAAUCCGAAUUUUACUGUAAAAUUGUUGUGAAUUUAUGUACUGUAAUUUUAUUGUUUAGUUUUUUUUGCACUGAUGACACAGGAAAUUAAUUUUAAAAUGACUAUUCACCAGCUGUGUAUGUACCAAUCUCUGUGAAGUUUCAUGGAAAAGCCACGGCAUAAUGAAAUGUAAUGGAGUAUGCUCAGAGGUAUGUACCAGGCUGUGCUGACAUGAAAAUUAAAAAUAUUUAACGUUUAAAGAAAAAUU